AUGCACUACUCUCAGAUUGAAUUCGGCUGGCGUGCGACCCAGAAGCUCAGCGCCGGGGCCUGCGCCUUUCUGCUGACCUUCGCUCUUUUGGGGCUUUGGUGGGCCACGCGAGGGGGCCCCCGAAGCACCAGCCGCGUCGUUGGAACUGGGGCACCUUUGAAGAGGUCGUUGUCCUCGGCUCUGAAGGAGCAUGGCCAGGACCUCGUACAUCCAUUCUCCGAGCUCAACUUUGUGCUGCUCUGUGCCGCGUACUUCUUCUUUUUCUGUGGCUUCACUGUGCCCUACACUCAUCUGGUUUUCUAUGCCCGGGAUGUCCAGGGCUACCAGGAUGCACCCGCGAUGAUGGCCAGAAUGGGAGCAGCGAGUAUGCUGGGAUCACUUGCCUGCGGCUUUCUCCCGAGCUUCUGCCGCGCGUCGGCGGUGCUCAUGCUCGUGAUUGCCAUCCUCAGCCUGACCAUUAUCUGUCUUCCUUACUGCCACGAUGCCAUGGAGCUGGAGGCCUUUGCCCGGCUCUUUGGGACCUUCGCAGGUAUACGUCUCGGGGUGCAGAGCCUUGUGGUGGCCGAGUUUUUUGGCGGGGAGAGGCUGCCUCACCUCUACGGCCUCGCGAACCUUCCCAUGAGUUUGGGCUCCUUGGUGGGGCCAUCGGUGGUGGGAGCCAUCUACGAUGCAACGGGCAGCUAUACCCUGGCUUUCUGGGGUGCCGGGAUGCAGAUGCUGGUGGCCAUCCCACUGCUCAUCUUGGUAAGAUGCCGAUCUGGUUCUGCCAGAGUGGCGGUUGCUGUCAAGUAG